AUGUCGCGAGGCGACUCAGGAUACAUGAGCCAUUACGGUUCUAUAUAUAGCUCUAAGUCAGAUGGUAGUGUCCGCGAGAGCUACGAUACUUUAGAUGACGGAAAUAUGUAUGAUAUUUUUUCGGGUCUAACGCAGUCCUCCUUUUCUGAGAAGAGGAAUGAACGCGAUGAUAAUGAUUCAGUCAAUCACCAAGCACUUCAACCAUUCAGAGAUUAUAGUUCCGCCGAUCAUAGACCAACAACGCCACAGUACCCUUUCCUGCAGCAAGAACCAUCUUUAUAUGAAAAUCAAAAUGAACAAGCCCAACCACAAUCUCAUAGAACAUUGAGAAAAUAUCCUUCGAGUCCCUCACUUAAUCGUGCAGUGCAGACAACUGCUCCAACACUCUCAAGAUUCCCAUCUUCUCAUCAGGCCUCACCAUCCCAACAGAUUUCACCGCCCCAACAAAUUCCACCGUCUCAUUCUCCACGAUUAUCUCCAGCUUCUACUUCAAAAAAUUAUUUAUCGUCUCCUUCCCCUUCUCCACGACUAUCUCCGGUACCUUCCCCAUACAACAGCCAUCCAUUUACAAAUUCAGCCGCUCACUCCCCACGAUUGUCCCCUGUAUAUCUACCAAACAAUAAUUCAAAUGUAAAUUUAACUUCCCAUUCUCCGCGAUUAUCUCCAGUUUAUUUGGCAGGCAACAACCUUUCACAGGGAAAUACGCUCAAUCCUCAUCAGUAUAACCAAACUAAGACCCAUGUACCUUUGCAAAACGGCGAUCCAUAUUCCGAUCAUGCCUCACAAGGUCGAAAUCACAAAUCGAUGCCUGCAAAUUCCAUUAAAAUUAACAAAAUCAUCCCGACCCGUUCUAACACGCAUGAUGGUCAGUUAAAGCCUCCCGUUCUACCCCAGAUAGACGACAAUUUAGGAACUUCUGAUUUUGCCGAAAUUCAUGAUUUCAUUGAUCACUAUUAUGACUCUGAUGAUAAAACGACGACAAGGACUCCGACUGAAGCUAAUAGUUCCGAAGGACUUGCGGCAAAAAAUCGCAAGCGAGAAGCGGCCGUUUCAGAAAUACUUACAACUGAAAGAACGUAUGUCGAUGGUUUACGAAAACUUGUAAAUAUUUUCUUGCUACCAUUGCAAGAAAAUUUCAAGUAUUCCCAAAAGGCUGGUCUACUAUCUUCGAAGCCUGUAACUUCCAUGGAAGAAAUUAACUCAAUAUUCAGUAACAUCAUUCCGUUGCUAAGUUUGCACGAACAGCUGCUCAAGUCAUUAGAAGAGAGAAUGACAAAGUGGAGCCCAACGGAAAUCAUCAGUGAUGUGUUUUUGCGAAUUGCACCCUUUCUGAAAAUGUACACUACUUAUCUACAGUCCUUCCCGCAUGCAAUAAAUACACUGGAACGCCUCAACAAGGAGAACAAGGACUUCAAAAAAUUUCUUCAGUUUUGUCAAGGAAGACCUGAAUUGGGAAAUUUACCUUUUAACUCUUUUUUGAGUUUGCCGAUUCAGCGAAUUCCGCGGUACAAAUUGUUACUGGACGCCCUAAUAAAACACACCGACGAAUCGCACCCAGACUAUGCGAAUCUCCAGAAAUGUUUUCGGCAGAUUACAGAGAUCGCCGACGAAGUAAACGAAAAAAUCCGAGAUGUCGAAAAUCAACAGAAGGUAUUAGAAAUCCAGUACAAAAUUGAUGGCCUAGUAGGAAAUAUAGUAGAUCCAGCUCGAAGGUUCAUUUAUGAAGGUGCAUUGUAUAAAGUUAUAGCACAGAGUGAUCAAAUGAAACCAAGGUUCCUAGCAACGCAGGAAAUACGGAUACAUUUUCUAUUUAGUGAUUUGCUCAUAUUUUGCUCGUAUGUCCAAGGAAAGCUUACAUUUAAAGGGAAAAUCGACUUAAACCGCGCGUCAAUAGUAAAUCUUGCGGACGAUGAUGCAGAUGAACCAUUUUGCUUUCAGAUAAUUGCCAUAGUGGCCACGGGAGAAGAGAAGUAUACGUUUCGAGCUAGAUCUGCCCGUGAGAAAGCAGAAUGGCUCGAUAAACUCGAAUACGCCUUAUCCGGACUCAAAAAUGUGAUAAGAGGUCAAAAAAACACCGAAACACGCGUUCCAUAUAAACAGGCGGCUUUAAGAGCUGCUGACGAUUUAUUUAUUGGGUCGAAUAGAAAUAAUCGAAAAAUGAGGGAGUUAAGACCACAGGUCUCCCACGGAAAUUUAAAUAAAGCGUUCGAUUCUCAUUAA